CAUGUUGUGAGCGUCGGGAGCGGCCCGACGGGGGCGGCGGGGCCGGGUGUUCCCGGACAGCUCAAGGUCGGAGCCGGACCUCGGCGGCGUGGUCGGGAGGGUGAGCGCGGUGCGGGGGCGGCGGCUGCACAGGUUUGGGACUCUCCUGAGACGGCCUAGAGUGAUCCCGGUGAGAUCCUGCGCGCUUGUCCUGCUUUCUCCGUUCCUGCAUCCUGCCAAGCCUCAACCGGAACAGGCACAGUCCUAUAGAAGGGCUUACGACUCAGCCUUCACGUCAUAAAAGUAACUUAAGGACUCCAAAAUGACAGGAAGAGAGUUUCUUGAACUAGAUUCUCCACAGCAGAGUCUAUUUUUGGAAAGACUCAAGCAGAUGGAAAUCAUACAAAAGAUGUUAAAUGAGCUUCCUAAAGCAGAUCAGAACCUUUGUAAUCAUGGAUCAUACUUCCUAGCAGCAAAUUCAAGCUUAUGUGGCUUAGCAGCAAAUAAUUUCUUCAGGAACAUCCUAAAUAUCAGAAGGGCUUUCUUGGUGUCCACUGUGCCAAUGGCUGUUAUUCCAUUUCUUUCAACAACAGCAGUUUAUGAAGUUUUUGUGCGUGGCCCUUUAUUUUCAGGUCAGCUGAACUGUGAGGUCUGUGCUGUGGUCAGAGGAGGAUUAGUAGGGGCUGUUGUGGGUGCUCUCUAUCCUGUUGUCCUGGCUCUCCCCUUGAACGCAAGCCUUGCAGCCAGGUACAUGUCAUCUCCCUUGCCAGGGAAAGAAAAUGCAUUACGCUACUGGCUCACAAUCAUUCAGCCUGUCUUUAGAAAGACAAGUCUGGGUGUACUGGUACAGGGUCUAACUGGAUUAUAUCUUGCCACUAAACACCACGGAAUAUAUGUCAAAAUACUACAGCAGAUGCACCUUAGCAGGGAUCCUGAAGAGCUACAAUAACUUUUCAAUUGCCUUGGAUAAGUAACCAUAAUAAACAAGGAAAAGAA